ACUAUAUAAAAGCCUUGCCGUGAAUGGUACGUUCAAGUUUCUCUCGUAGCUCGUUCAUCACCCAUCUGGCGCACUGGAGUCGUCAAGCUGUCAACUGUUUUUCUUUCUGACUUGGCCUAUAAGCUUUAAAAAUUACGUCCAUACAAAAUAAAGAAGCUCAGUCUGAAGCUUCUGUUGAGGUAAGAGAUUUCCUAUUUCUUGUAUUUUGAAUUUUAAAAUGCUUAGGGACGAUGUGGUCUUAAUAAUACUCAACCUUGUGAAGGCUUGUGAUAGGGCGGCUUCAGAACAUAAAAAUGAGAAAUGGAUAGGUCUAAUUCUAAUGAUUGAGGUUCUUUUGGGCCUUGUUUGAAAAUUCAUUCCCCUUGUGUCGGCAACCAGUCAAUAUUACUAAUAUAAUACUUCCAUACAACGUUUAUUUCAAAGAGAUUCGGAACUCAACGUAAUGGUAAGACAUACAUCUGGCAACCAUUUAAAAUAUUUGAAACGCAGUACGUGGCUAUGACCGCCAUGGCAUAAGUUGCCAUUAAGUAUAAGGAUCAUGUUAAUGUUAUUUUAAAUAGCCUGCACUCAACUUAACUGAAGACUAAUCUGUCUCGCUUAGUUAUGUUUAACUCCAUCUCUCCAUAUAGUUUACCUAAAACUCUACUUCCUCAUACAUUGUCGUUUUAGAUGAAGAUGGAAUAACAUUGUAAUGACUAUGAAUAAUGACUCUUACUUAUAACUUAUGACAUUUGUAUUUGAAUUUGAAACAGCUUCACACUCUGAAAUUAAGGAUAUGUAAAGUCUGUGACUAAGUUACUAACUCUAAGUAGUACAAUUUUUUAUAAUCUACCACUUGAGCGUCAGCCAAGAAAAAAUCCAGCUGUUCCGGAUGGAAGGGCUAUUUAAACGUAACUAUUAUUUAUUAUUUUUAAUGACAUUGGUUGUACGUAUUCAUUCCCAUAAUAAUAAUUUUUUUUAAAUAGAAAAACUAUAACAAUUUUUUUGAAAUAGACAAUGUGUGAAAAUGGAACUAUGCAUAGUUCUCCCCCAAGUUGACAAUGAAGUUUUAAAAUCUAUAAUUUCCACAAAAACGGUUGUUACAUGAAUCCACGUAAAUAUGCAGGGGAAAGAUCACAGACGCUUCUUGUGCCAAACUGUCUUUUUAGUUAACGCUUUCUGAGCAUUCACGUUUUCCACAUUCUGUGUGUGGACAACCGCGUUAUCUGGAUUAAAAAAAAAUAAUUGUAGCAUAUCAGUAGCUUGGCAGUAAUAAUUAUUUAAAUAUAUUAUUGUGCUAUAUAACUUUAUAGCCUCUAUACGGAAGCAAAAAUAUUAACAGACUCCAAUGUAAGAAUAAUUGUUUAAAUAGCCCUUCCAACCGGUACAACUGGAUUUUUUUCUUGGCCGACGCUCAAGUGGUAGAUUACCCAAUUUUUAACUGAGCCUAAAUACCAAAAUUUCACAAAUACAAAUUUGUGAGGCCUAGAUGAGUUUCCAGAUUUUUCUGGAAUUAUGGAAGUGACAUUUUAUUCAAUGCGCUGGGAGUGACUGGUAGAUGUUUAUGGUAAUAUUUAGGCCCAACAAAAAAAUGUAAUGUCACUACACUUUUCGUCUACCAAAACAAGGGCAGUGUGAAAUUUAGCAAGAAUUAAAACCAAACACUGGUUUGCAAUUAAAUUUUAAAUGUUCAUACCCCUGAACUAAAGUUGGUUAAUGGAAAGUUUUAUGAAAACUCUUUAACAGUACUCAGUACAGAUAAUACUGUUUUAGCUGUAAUUUUUUCAAUCAAAUCUAAGACUAGUGUUGCAAAUGAAACAAUGAAUUCGUUUUACAAUCAUAUUGUCUGUCCAAUGCCCAAUAUAUUUUCUGUCCCAAUCCCAAACAGUGCGGAAUAUUCUGUACUAUCUAGUUCAGGUAAAUUUUGGGUUAGUAUGCUUUUUUUCCCCAAAAGUUGUCUGCCCCUAAGCGCAGUGAUAUCACUUUGUGAUGUGAACUCCAUCACUGGACCUGAGUACUUAGAUCUAUUGUUUGACCUGAACGAUGUAUGGGAUAACUUGCCAGUUUUUUCACAAAAUAAAAGUAUUCUUCUGGGGAGCAGACCCCCGGACCGACACCGACCCCCCCCCCGAAAAUUAGAACAAAAACUGACUGCAUCAAGUAAACACAAAGGUACCAAUCCAAAUCUGAAAUCUUUUGAGUACAGAGCCAUAGACCAUGCGGUAUCUAUAAAACCUCUAUGAAAUAUAUUCUUUGGAUAAUAUCUCCAGCUUUACCACUAAUCCUAAAUCAGCCCUACUUUAUAUUAUAAUGCUAUGUAAAGUAUGUAUGUAUGCAUUUACUGGUGUUAUAUAAGUGUAAUUUAUAAACAGUCGGCAUUAAUAACUCACUGUAAAAAUCUCAGUUUGUAGAUUACCAGAAUGUAAAAGUAAAUUGAUCUCUUACAAAAAAUUUUUUUUCGUAAAACCUGAGGUUUAGAACCGGAUUUUACCAGAUUUUAAAAGGCUUGAGGAUAUGUUAAUAUGCUUUGGAAAUUUAUUUCCUUUUUGUAUUAAAACUUAGGUCAUGUUAUAAUAAACCAAAAGUACCAAUAAAACAUUUUGUACCAGAUGUCUGUUAUUUGUUGGUCCCAAUAUAAUCAGUUGUAAUCAACAGUUCUCUUUUUAUUAUUUAGAAGUUUGUUGUUUAUAUAUUCUGAGAGUAUUAUUUCCCUUUUAUCAAUUUAAACUUAACCAGAAUGAACUAUUAUACCUGCCACACUUUAAGUUAAUUUUAAUGAGUAGACUAGGUUUGAGGUUGAAUUGAACUACGCAACAGCCAUGUUUUGGAUACUCCUGUUCACUUUCAUGGCCUUGUACAGUGUUAUUUGGGAAUCACUGUACAAUUAUUUAUUUUUAUACUUGCUCUGUUGUUUCUCAAUUAAUAUUAUCUUAUACAAUUUUUUUUUCACUUUCAACUUACAGGGCAGUAGCUCGACUGUCUUCUUCAGCCAAAGUCCAGAGGCCGCUUGUGGAAUAAGGAGGAGAUUCAAUUUUAACGCCGAACCGCCGUGGGAUCCCAGCUAGUAUCUGUUGAACGCAGGCGUUUCCUUGGGCCAGGUAAUAUAACACGUGGCUAUUUUAAGAAAUUAGUUAUUUUGAGCUGUACCUUUCAAAUAGCAAGGCCAACGUUUUAGUCAUUCAAAGACCAUCACACUAUUCAGCCUAUACAUGCCAUUACAUAAUCCAAACACAUUAUUAAAGCUUCAUCAUGGCUAUUUUGAAUUUCAUUUCUAUUUCAGAUUGUUUGUACAACCCCGACUUGUUUCUUUUAGUCUAGUGACUUUGUAUUUCAAAUAAUUACCAUGAAGCAUAAGUAUUCAUCCAUUUCAUCUGUUGAAAUCAUUGCUGACCCCAUGCCCUGCAUGACCCAGCUAAUUCAAGACAAGAUUGAGCAGUUUGAGAGCAGAGUAAGCAUUUUUUUUUUUUUAGCUUGUCAAACUUGCUUAUGUACGAGUUAGCUUACUUACAUUUAAACUUAAUAUGUUUAUCUAAUCCCAGAUAGAAUCUUUUUACAAAACAACUUAAAAAAUGGAAUGCUAACCAUACAUUAUAUGGGAAAGGAAAUUAUAUUCCAUUUGCAUAUUUGAAUCAUUUUUAACGUUUAAGAGAAAGCAGGACGUUAGAGAGAAUGCUAGGGUUUGUUGGAUACUUAAGAAAAAUUAAAUGAUCAGAAUCUUAAAUUUAGUUGUUUAAUUUGGCACCUGUCAUGGCUGUUUAUUUUAUUCCCACCAAAUAAGAUUUUUUUUAAAAUUUAUAUUAACCUAGUUUUGAUUUUCAUUUUGUUAUUGGAUUUUUUAUCCAUUUCACUUAAAGGUUAAAAUGGUUUGUUGUAUUUAAUUUUUUUUUUUUUGUUUUAGGAUUGUGAAGAUGCCUUCUGUGUGUGUGAUGUUGGUGAUGUUGUGAAUAAGUUCAAGGCUUGGAAGGAGCUGCUCCCAAGAGUAGAGCCAUUCUAUGGUAAGCUAUAUAUUUUUAUUCACUUUUUGUUACAUCUUGAGCAUCCAUCUUGAAGUUCAACUGAUAAAUUUUUUAUUAAGGGCUCAUCAAUUCCUUUUUUUUUUAGCCUGCUGGCAUCAGUAGAAGUAACUCAGUAUAUGACUUGUCGAGAGUUGCAUUUUUUUUUUUUUUUUUAAUUAAAAAAAAAUAAAAAAAUUGCAAUUAAGACUACAGUAAAAGUAACUCAGUUUAUGACUUGUCUGAGUUGCAUUUUUUGUGUGUUGGCCUGAAGAUAAUGGUAUGUUGACGUAAUUGUCAAGUCUUGAAUUUAAGUAAGCUUGAUCAUUUCAAGUUAUAUUCCAUUGAUUAAUGCAAGCUUUAGAUCAGGUUUUAGAUUUGUAUUUGAUAGCACAUUAAUUUUACCCGUAUUACUGGUAAGGACAUAACAAGCUUUUGGAAUUUGAUAUUUCUCUUUGGUACAAGUAGACUGCAAUUUGUGGGAAGGUAAUUUUCCCGAAAAGUAAACAUUAUAUUCUGGCUAAUGUACUUCAAAAUUGUAUUCAAAGGACUUGAUGGGCCCUCAGAUCAGUUUUUCGUUAUACUUAUAAUUCUUUUUAUACACGGCCAGUUGUUGACCAGUCCAGUUGGCCAGAGCUUGUAGGGUUUAACCUCCCAUAACUUGAUGUUUGCUCGCUGCUAUGGAGCUAAUAGCCAUGCUCUUUCAAAGUCUUCAGAUAAUCAACUGUUAAGGACCAGAAUCACAUCAGGUUUACCAUCUACCUCCUCUAUCUCUCAUUGCUUUUUCAUCCUGUUUAUGUAUGUCAUUUCAUUUUUGUGCAUUUUGUUCUUUAUUAAUGUAUGAAAGUGGUGCAUUUGUAGUUUUAAUAUAAAAUAAAUGACUUUUUUUACAAGGUUUCAACUAAAUGAUUGGAUUUGGCUGAAGGACCAUUGUGUCUUGAUGAUUAUGUAUUGAUUAAACUUCAUGCAACUUCUUGGACCAAUUCAGAUGAUUAAAUAAAGCACUUGGCCAAAAUUGUUAGCGUUAUUUUUUUUUUUAUUAUGUACUGUAAGUGUAACUGAAGACUGAACGCUGUCUUAUUUUUUUAUGUGAAUAAAUGUAGCAUCAUCUCAUGCCUUGAAGACGUACGUUAAAGUAAGGAUGCUUGUCUCUCCUACAGUGAUAUGCUUUGUUUAUUUUAGCUUGCAAGUGCAACACUGAUGAAGUUGUUGUCAAGACCCUUGCAGAUCUUGGUGCUGGAUUUGAUUGUGCCAGCAAGGUAAUUAUAUUUAUUUUAAAAAAUCAUUUAUUUUUAGGUAUGCUGAAAUAACUGCGCAUCUGUUUCAGAUUUUUGUCUUGUUUGUUUAUGAAGUCCUGGUAUUUUGUUCAUAGUAUUCUUAAAAUGCUAACAAGUGUUAUUCGUUUAUUUAUAGGGGGAAAUCUCUCAGAUCCUAAAGCAUGGAGUUCCUACAGAGCGCAUAAUUUAUGCCAAUCCUUGCAAGCAGAAAUCCUUUAUAAAGUAUGCAGCCAAACAUAAUGUUGAUAUGAUGACCUUCGAUAAUGAGGCUGAGCUUGUCAAGGUUAAAGAACUUUACCCAACUGCAAAGUAAGUUAAAAUUAUUUAUUUGUUUCCAUAAUUUUGUAUUGCGUCAAGUCCCUCAACUAUUGUUCAUCCAUUUGUUACUCAAUUUCAGGAUGGUUUUGCGGAUCCUACCCGUAUCCGAUGUCAAGGUGCAGUGUAAUCUGGGAGUUAAAUUUGGUUGCCACCCCAACAAUGUUGCCAAGCUACUGAAGAAAGCCAAAGAGCUUGACGUAGAUGUCAUGGGCGUAAGGUGUGAUUUUUUUUUUUUAAUAUAUUUAAAAAAAUAUUUUUUAAAAACUAAAUUCAAUUAUUUCACAUCAAAUGAUGGGGCAAAUUACACUGCAUUCUUUAACUGAGUUUAUAAUUUCUGCAGUUUCCAUUGUGGUAGUGGUGUCCAGGAAGCUAGAGCGUUUUCUCUGGCCGUCAGUCAAGCUCAUGACGCAUGGCAGAUUGCAGUAAAACUAGGAUUUAACAUGACCAUGCUCGAUAUAGGUGGUGGCUUCCCAGGCCAGAAAUCAGCUCCUAUUUCUUUCACUGAGGUAAGUUAUUAAUUUCUCAGUUAGAAGCCUUUUUUUUCCUACACAUCUCACAAAAUUUUAGGCUAGGUUACUUCUUACAAAGUGCCUUGUCAAUUAUUACCAAUCUAUUUUUUAUUUUCAGAUUGUAAGCAUUCUCAAUGAUGCUCUAGAUACCUACUUCCCAGCAGAGAUGGGAAUUCGCAUCAUUGCUGAACCUGGUCGAUAUUUUGUGGCAUCUGCCUAUACCUUGGCAGUAAAUAUCAUUGCCAAGAGGACUGUUGCACGGGACAUCUCGGAUGCUGGUCAGUAUUUUUUUCCUACUGAUUAUAAUUAUUUUUUCAUGUUUUUUAAUAUUUUAAAUCUUUGUGUCGUUCACUUAAUAUUUUAAAUCUUUGUGUCGUUCACUUAAUAUUUUAAAUCUUUGUGUCGUUCCCUUAAUAUUUUCAAUCUUUGUCUUGACCAGAUGGUUGCAACCAACAGGGAGUGACCAAGAAUGAUGAGCCUUCCCAUAUGUACUAUGUUAAUGAUGGUGUUUAUGGAUCGUUCAACUGCAUUAUGUAUGAUCAUGCCCAUGCUGAGGCUCACGUUUUCUCGGUGAGUUUUGGAUUUCAGUUCUUAUUUUUUAUUACCAUCAUUCCCGAUGGAUGUUACUUAAUGCGCCAUUUGCUGCUCGUUCCCGGGGCGUAGCUACACACCUCAUUAACUUUAUAGAAGCUAUCCCUCGAGACUGAUUGGGCUUGAUUUCAGUUUUAAAAUCUGAAGUUGUCUCAUUUCACUUUCAGUUUGUGUGUGGUUUGGUACGUUGUAUAUGUCUAGAUCUAGCAUGUAUUCGUCUAUGUUCCAUUAUCCAUUUAUUGGUCCCUGUUCAUUAUUUUUUAAGCCUUAAAUGUGUUUAUUUUUCAAACUUAAUUUCUAUUUAUCCAUAUUCAUUAUGUCAUAUUUGGCAGCUUAAAUAUUUUUUUUACAAAUGUAUGUCGGUUGCAAAAUGGAGUUACUUUCCCUUGUCAGGCAUAUAAGUUAUAUGUGGAAGUAGCACUGCCAUUGGGAUUGAGUUAAACAUAUGUUGAAAUAGAAUGUUUUCAUUUAUUCUUGUAGGACUCUCCAUUGAGGUUCACAUCUUCUGUAUGGGGUCCUACCUGUGAUGGUCUGGACUGUAUCAUACAGGAAUGCCGCUUGCCAGAGAUGGAGGUGGGUCAAUGGAUGUAUUUCCCUGACAUGGGGGCCUAUACCAUAGCUGCAGGCUCAACCUUCAAUGGCAUGCCACGACCAACCAUCCAUUACAUCUGUAGCCAGGAGAUCUGGUAGGUGUUGCUCGAUGUUCCAUGUUUUUCUAGUCAAGGUGUCAACUAGAUUCAAUUUUAAAUUUGCUAGCAUCAGUCUUAAUGUGCUUAAUCUUUAAAGAAUUGUAUCAAAAUAUUUUUUCCCAGGGAUGAGAUCUACCCCGACCACUGCACUGCCAAGAGGCGUUGUGAAAGCAUGUCCUCUGAUGCUGACUUUCCCAGCAUCAUGGCCACUGGUCCAGAUGUGAGGUCUCUGCGCGAGGCUGCCAGCUCCAUCUCUUGCAUCGAGGAUGAGAUUGUCUUUGCUUGAAUUAGCUCUCCUGUAUUUUUGUGGUUCAUGUUACAGAGUUUCUUGUAUGUUGUUGAUACAUGGUUUUAAAUGGAUGUUUCAGUUUAAUCCUAAUUGUCAUUUGUUUGGUUACAUUUUGGUUUUGUUUGUUUUUUCUGAAAUCCAUUUUUCUGCUGUUGAUGUAUUUUGAUAUUACAGAGAUAAUAUAUAUUUUUUUAAACCCAUUUCUUUUAAAUGCUAGGACUACUCAAACCAUCUCCCACGUUUAGCUCCCAAGUUGAGCCGUUCGGUUUACCAUGAAUUUCUCACCUUUCAGGGACCAACCCUACCAUCUCUGGUCAUUUCCUCACUCAUUCCUUUUGCUGUUGAUUUCAUUAAGUAUGGGUUGUUGGCAACUUGCCAAUGCUAGAAUCAUCUGUAAAACAUGGAACAAUGUUUCAAAUUUUUUUAACAGCUUAAUUUAAUUAUGCAUAACACAUUUAAAGUCUUGAUUUAUAUUUAACUAAGUUUGAUAUUGUGGCUUGUCGCUGUCAAUAUUUAUGAAACCUUUUUGUAUUUGUGUGUUCGUAAGAUUUUCCAUUUCAUAUCAGGGAACAGGUAGAUGUAACUUGUCGUCAUAUUUUUUUUUUUAGGUAAGAAGCUUUUUUUGAGUUGGGGGUGGUUUUUUUUUCUUAUGUUGUUGCUAAUCUAGAGUUUUGAUGGAUUCUGGGUUUAGUUUAGUGGAAUAAGUUGGGGCUGUACAAGCAGUGGGAAACGCCUGCGAACACUUGGCCGUUUGUCUAAUGUAUUAUAGUUUAUGUUCAUUGUAUUGUUUUCUCUCAAUAAAUAUUUGGGGCUUUUCUUC